UUGGGAAAUAUGAUUUUAUAGAGGGAUGAUUAUGUAAUUGCUUCGAGAUAGCAUUUUUCCUCUCUAUUUGGAAUAUAGUGCCUUCAGAAUGCUUCCAUCUCUUAUUCCAAGUUCUCUUAGUGUUCUUGAAUCGAAGCUUUUCUCAAUCGAUCUUCCUCUAAAGAUUAGAGAGCAGUUUUGUAAAUUAGUCACAGAUGUUGCGCUACAUAUCUGUCUAAGUCUCUCCAUAGUAAUUUCAGAGUUAGUACUUAAAGUGAUCUCACUUGCACCUGCUGAGCGUACUCUGAUAGAAAUUUGGCUACUCAUUUAGUUUAUUUAUGCUGUUAGUAAGUCAAGG